CCCGCCGCCGGGGGGAGACGUGCCUCAGAGGGGAGCGGCUAGAAAAUUAAUUGAAGCAUGGCUGACUGGAGCUUUCUAGGGCGGCUGUUGGAGAAUGCUCAAGAACACUCCACUGUGAUUGGAAAGGUUUGGCUUACUGUCCUGUUCAUUUUCCGCAUCCUGGUGCUUGGCGCCGCUGCUGAAGAGGUCUGGGGUGACGAGCAGUCAGACUUCACCUGCAACACCCAGCAGCCCGGUUGCGAGAACGUCUGCUAUGACGAGGCCUUCCCCAUCUCCCAUAUCCGCUUCUGGGUGCUGCAGAUCAUCUUUGUUUCAACGCCCACUCUCAUCUACCUCGGCCAUGUGCUGCACAUCGUGCGCAUGGAGGAGAAGAGACGGGAAAGGGAGGAGGACCUCCGAAAAGCUGUACGUCAUCAGGAGGACCAUGACCCUUUCUAUCUUAAUGGCGUCGGUGAUGGAGGGGGAGGAGGUGGCAGAAAGGAGAAACCGCCAAUCCGGGACGAGCACGGGAAGAUCCGGAUCCGCGGGGCCCUACUGAGGACCUAUAUCUUCAACAUCAUCUUCAAGACCCUGUUUGAGGUGGGCUUCAUCUUGGGGCAGUACUUCCUCUACGGCUUUCACCUCAAGCCACUCUACAAAUGUGGCCGCUGGCCCUGCCCCAACACUGUGGACUGCUUCAUCUCCAGGCCUACCGAAAAGACAAUCUUCAUCAUUUUCAUGCUGGUGGUAGGGUGUGUCUCUUUGGUCCUCAACCUACUUGAGAUCUACCACCUGGGCUGGAAGAAAGUUAAGCACGGAGUCUUGAAGGACUUCGCCCCUGACAGCCUGUCACUCAACGAGCCUGGAGACACGGAGACGAUUCCUGAACAGACCUCACCCCCAGGGCUCGAGCGUUUGCCAGUCUGCUCUAAUGUGUGUGCGGCGAGGGGCGAAGCAGCUGAAGGAGGAACUUACAGUCCAACUGGAGCCUCCCACACGGUGAUCUCCUUAAACCCGGACAUGGCUACCGUACCUUUGUCUGAAGAACUUAAUGUAGAUGGUGCUUUCCACCAAAGCGACUUCCUGAUGGAGUCGACGCCUGCUUCUGUCUACAGUGAGAGUGAAGAGAGCCAUGGCCACCUUGUGGAGAUGCGGCAGAAUUGGAGAAACAUGGCUUUGGAGCUUCAAAAUCUAAACGAGGAAGAUUCCUCCAAAUAUCCCCUUCCUCGUCCUUCUCCGUACCCUUCUACCCCUUCCUCCUCCUCCUCCUCCCAGGAGGAGGCGGCGCGUCUGGAAGAGAAGCGACGCUCCAUGUUUCCAACGCUUCCUCGCAACACACCUCUUUCUCCGCUCGCGCCUGAGGAGAGCGCACUCGCCGCUGCGCCUAGCAUCGAAUCACACGACGACUUCACGGUGAUAACAAGGGCGGAGAUGCAUCAGCCUCCCGCUGCGGCAGGGACGGAUUUCAGGAGGCAGGGAAGCAAGAGCAGCUGUGCCCGAGCUCGCCCCGACGAUCUGGCCGUGUAGCUAAAAUGUACACACUCGCACAUUUACAAAACGUUGCACAUGUGCUUCUCCCUUACCCAUACACACACAAAACCAAACUACAGUACGUUCUGCAGCUUAAAUCUAGCUUAUUUCAUUCAGGAAGCGAAGGAGGGUCAUUAAAAAACACCAUGUAUGAGAGGAACGUUGGAACAUUGAUAGCAUUCUCAUGUCUGUGUGUAAACUAUAGAGAUUUGGUUCAAUAUCAUUGGAAAU